CAAUGCGGGAGGAGAGGAGUGAAAGAGGUAGAGAAAGAGAGGAGACACAAAGAGAGGUAGAAAAGAAGGAGGGUAUGACUGUUGUUGUUUUUUAGCCUCGUGUAGCUAAGUGCACCGAUUCCUGCAAAGCCUCAUCAGCCGUUCAGGAAGGAUGCCUCAGAGGAAAAGAGCUUUCACAUUCGGAGCUUAUGGAGGAGCUGACAAGAGCUUCUCCAGGACCAGAACCUUAUGGAAACAAGAUGGAAGGAUUCCUCGCAUCUCUGAUGAAGUAGAGCCCUCACUCGAACACUCCCACCAUCCGUUUCCUCUUUCUAAGGGUUGCAGAAUGGAUGAGCAAAGAUGCUCCCUCCCUCCCCCGCUCAAAACAGAAGAGGACUACAUCCCUUACCCCAGCGUUCACGAGGUUCUGGGGCGCAGGAGCCCUUUUCCGCUCAUCCUGCUGCCACAGUUUGGAGGCUACUGGAUCGAGGGGACAAACCAUGAGCCUAAAGACACACCAGAGACAGAACAACCCCCCUGUCCCACCUCCCAAGUCAAACUGGAGACAAACAGCAUGGCCAAGAUCUACAGGAAGCAGUUCAUGGGCAAAGAACACUUUAAUUAUUACACCAUAGAUGCUGCUCUGGGACACUUGGUCUUUUCCAUGAAGUACGAUGUCAUCGGGGAUCAAGAGCAUCUGCGCUUGAUGCUUCGCACAAAGGUAAAAACCUACCAUGAUGUGAUUCCCAUUUCCUGCCUUACUGAGUUCCCUAACGUGGUUCAGAUGGCCAAGCUUGUUUGUGAAGAAGUAAACGUGGACAGGUUUUACCCCGUCCUCUACCCAAAGGCAUCAAGACUCAUUGUCACCUUUGAUGAGCACGUGAUCAGCAACAACUUUAAGUUUGGUGUAAUUUAUCAAAGGUUUGGCCAGACGGCAGAGGAGGAGCUGUUUGGGAACAUGGAAGAAAGCCCUGCCUUUGUCGAGUUCUUGGAGAUUUUGGGCCACAAGAUCGAGCUUCAUGACUUUAAAGGGUUUCGGGGUGGGCUGGAUGUCACUCACGGUCAAACAGGGACGGAAUCUGUCUACACAAGUUUCCAUAAUAAGGAGAUUAUGUUUCAUGUGUCCACCAAACUGCCUUACACAGAGGGAGACUCACAGCAGCUGCAGAGAAAGAGGCACAUAGGCAACGACAUUGUAGCCAUCGUCUUUCAGGAGGAGAACACGCCCUUUGUCCCAGACAUGAUCCAGUCCAACUUCCUGCAUGCGUAUGCAGUGGUGCAGGUGGAAAAUGCAUGUACGGACAAUGUCACCUACAAGGUGUCUGUGACAGCGCGGGAUGACGUGCCUUUCUUUGGGCCCGCUCUGCCUGACCCUGCCAUCUUCAAAAAGGGCCCAGAUUUCCGUGAGUUCCUCUUCACUAAACUCAUCAAUGCAGAGUACGCCUGUUACAAGGCUGAGAAGUUUGCCAAGCUCGAGGAGCGCACACGUUCAGCCCUGCUGGAGACUCUGUAUGAGGAGCUGCACAUAAACAGCCAAUCCAUGAUGGGUCUUGGUGGAGACGAGGAUAAGCUGGAGAACGGGGGCAGUGCAGCAGGAGGAGGAGGCUUCUUUGAAUCCUUCAAGCGGGUCAUCCGCAGCAGAAGCCAGUCUAUGGACGCCAUGGGCCUCAGUAACAAGAAGUCACACACAGUCUCCACUAGUCACAGUGGCAGCUUUACCCACAAUCCCGCAGAGAGCCCCAAAACCCCAGGGAUUUCAUUGCUUGUUCCAGGGAAAAGUCCCAGUAAAUAUGGACGUCGCGGCAGUGCCAUAGGGAUAGGAACAAUAGAAGAGUCACUCAUCAUUCCUGGGAAAAGCCCAACCAGGAAAAAGUCUGGACCGUUCAGCUCGCGUCGCAGCAGUGCCAUUGGAAUCGAGAACAUCCAGGAGGUCCAAGAGAGGAGCCGUGAGGUGUCGCCCAGCACCCAGAGGAUGCCGGACAGCUCCUACUUUUCACAGGAAAACCGAUCAGACAACUCGUCCUGUCACAGCUCACCGGAAUUUGCCGCGACUAAACACAGUAUGGCCAUGUGUUGCAGGGCGCCGUCCAUCCCAGAGGCUCAGGACCUUUCCCGCUCUUCGUCCAACGCCAGCAGCUUUGCCAGCGUAGUGGAGGAGAAUGAGGCAGAGGAGGAGUACGACACCGGGCUGGAGAGCGUGUCUUGUGUUACUCCAAUCAAGAAAGACUCUUUUGUGUACAGCACUGUGCUGGAGGACAAUACGAGCAGCACCAGUCAGGAAUGUUUUGCAGCAGCUCCUCAUCCUCAGCAGCAAAGUGACGCAGUGAAGACAUCAGAGCCAAAGGGGACAGACAGCCCGACCAAGACAGAGCGCCCCUCGCAGGAGCACAAGUUUUCACCG